UUCCUGUUGCACGCGGGAGGGUGGAACUAUGGAUUUCUGCUUCCAUUUAUUGGCUCUUGUAGCUUCUAUCGUCUAACAAAUCUCUCUCUUCUCCCUCUUUCUCUCUUUCUCUAAAACUAAAAGCUUCCAUUAAUUUCCUCGCAUAAUUCCCCCCAUUUCCUUGCUCGUAAAACCCUAGCCAUGGAGAAAACGGUGGCGGAAAACCCUAAAGGAGCGAAGAAUAAGCACGCGAAGAGAGAGAAUUCGAAGAAGCAGCUGCCGCUGAAAGUGGUGUACAUCACAAACCCUAUCAAGUUCACGGCCACCGCCUCGGAGUUCCGUGCCCUAGUGCAGGAGCUAACCGGCCAGGACGCCGACGUGUCGGACUCCUCGAGGUUCGCGGCGGCCGACGGCGGCGCGUCCAAGGCAGCGUCGGCGGAGGUAAAUGCUCAUGCAGCGGAGGAAUCGGCGCCGGCGCAGCAGUGCGAGGAUACUUCGGAGAUGAUGAUCGACAAUUUUGAAGGCUUGGCAGCUUUUGACAUGUGGCAUGUUGAUUAUGAUGCAUUGUAAAUUGAUUUAGGUAUGAUUUUUGGGGUGCAUUUUAUGUCUGUUAUUUCUUCAUUUUAACAAAAUCUGGUUGCUUUAA